CCAAGUAUUUCAGCAGGAGUGCUGGCAAUUGCCUCACCCUUCCUGGAUUUGGCAAAAUAUGAUUCACUCCACCCUGGGGUGGGCCACUGGUCAGGUGGACGGACCAUAAAUAGGGUCCCCCGGGCAGCCUUCUCACUCGCCUCCCCCUCCUUCAGUGGCUGUGUGGAGGACCAGCCUCCUCGGCUCUGAAACCAUGGCCCUAAGUCUCCUGUGGUUGGGCCUCACCCUGCUGGGGGCCCUGCAGACCCAGGCCCAGGGCACCACCCUCAACUGGAUCCCGGCACCCCCUCUGUCCGAGGUCCCGCUGCAGCCCAACUUCCAGGCUGACCAGUUCCAGGGGAAGUGGUACGUCAUAGGCCUGGCGGGGAACGCAGUUAAGAAGGAAAAGCAAGGCCAGUUUAAGAUGUACACCACCACCUACGAGCUCAAAGAAGAUGGCAGCUACAACGUCAUCUCCACCCUACUCAGGGGCCAGCUCUGUGACAACUGGAUCAGAACUUUUGUCCCAAGUCUCCAGCCGGGCCAGUUCAAACUGGGUGAUAUUAAGAAAUACUCUGGAUUGCAGAGCUAUGUCGUGCGUGUGGUGUCCACCAACUACAGCCAGUUCGCCAUAGUAUUCUUCAAGAAGGUUUCCAACAACCAAGAGUACUUCAAAACCACGCUUUACGGGAGGACCAAGGUGCUGUCCCCUGAGCUGAAGGAGAACUUUGUCCGCUUUGCCAAGUCUCUGGGCCUCACCGAUGACAACAUCAUCUUCCCCGACGCAAUCGACCAGUGCAUCGACGGCCAGUGAGCAUGCACGGCCUCCUGUCUCCCUCAGCUCCCAUCGCCUUCAUGUCUUCAGCCUUUGCCCGUCAUGCCACCCAGCUGUCCUCACCAGCCUGGGCCCCCGUGGAAGGAGAGGGCCCAGAGAUGCUUCUCAUGGCACUGGCACCAGCUGCUCCCUGGGCUGCCCUGCUGAUGGAGCCCCACCCUGCCUGCUAAAUAAAGAUAUCCCCCCCGCC